CACCGCGACUGCCCACGUGUACCACAACGUUCCAGAAUGUCUGUCGUCUUCGUCUUCUUCUUCUGCAUUUCAAUCACUUCUCUCUCUCCUCCGGCCACAGGAAGCAGCAGCAGCAGCAGCAGCUGAGCACGCGCGCUGCGUCGUCGCAGAUGUCCCGCCGGUGCUUCAGCCUGACGGAGUCCAGGAACUGGUGCUACCGCUUCGCGUUCGCCAAGUCCGGCCUCCGCUCCGCCCUCACCGACCUCCGCGACGGCGGCGGCACCGUCGUCCACUGCUGGGUCCCCAAGGCCCGAUCCCCGGCCAAGCCCGACCUCCUCCUCAUCCACGGCCUCGGCGCCAACGCCCUCUGGCAGUGGGCCGACGUCCUCCCCCACCUCGCCCCUCACUUCAACCUCUUCAUCCCCGACCUCCUCUUCUUCGGCGACUCCUCCACCUCCCGCCCCGACCGCUCCGACUCCUUCCAGGCGCGGUGCCUGAUGCGGGUCAUGGAGUCGCAUUCGGUGCGGCGGCUGAGCCUCGUGGGGCUGAGCUAUGGGGGUUUUGUAGGGUACAGCAUGGCUGCGCAGUCCAUGGAGGAGGAGGCGGCGGUGGCGGUGGAGAGGCUGGUGAUAUGCUGCGCCGCCGUGUGCAUAGAGGAGAAAGACUUGAAGGAGGGGGUGCUGAGCGUGAGUGACCUGGAGGAGGCGGUGACGAUCCUCGUGCCGCAUACGCCGGCGAGGCUCAGGGAGUUGAUGGGCUACACGCUCUCCCGGCAUCCUCCUCUCGGGCUGAUUCCUUCUUGCUUGCUCAGUGAUUUCAUUGAUGCAAUGUGCGCUGAUUACAUUGAAGAGAAGAGAGACUUGGUUCGAGCAAUCCCAAGGAAUCGUAAAAUCUCCGAAAUCCCAAAAAUCACCCAGCCCACGUUGAUAAUCUGGGGAGAGCAUGACCAUGUCUUCCCAUUACAGCUGGGUCACAGGCUAAAGAGGCAUAUAGGAGACAAUGCGCAUGUCGUGGUCGUCAAGGAUACAGGACACGCCUUCAACGUGGAGAAACCGAAAGAGUUCUGCAAGCUGUUGAAGAUGUUCCUCGUUGAUCAGCAGCCUCCUCCAGCAAGCUCAUCACCGGAUUCUGAAAGUGAGAAAUGCACUACAGAAAAGAGAACAAGCGAUAGUGGUAGUGAUCCGAAGACGAAGACAACAGAUGCUCCUUCACAAGCAUGGACUAAUUGUGCCGAGGACAUCCACAGGCCAUUCGAAUCAAUUCUUUGGUUUAUGAUCCAUUCGUGACCCUAAGGUGCAUUUAUCUGGAGGCAAUCCCUCACAGAUCCAAGGAAAAGAAUCGGUUAUGAAUUGUAUACAAGACGGCAUCUUCCAUUCUCCUCUAA